UCUACAGAUACUUGAACGAAAAUCGAAAGUAAAGUGUCCAUAAGCAAUGGGUAAUACAGAGAGUAAUGUUACGAGCGGUGUAAAGAAACAAACGGACACAUCGUCCAUCGUGCUUUAUAAAUUAGUCGAUUUAAAAGGUGGUGGUUUGUUAGUUGAUAUGAUGAAAAGAGCCACUCAGACAAAGCAGUUUGCGGAAUUAGACCAUGCGAUGAGAACGAAAGUCGAGCCCUUUUUAUAUAACAAGGGGGAAGGCAAAUGGAUACCUAUAGACAAAUUGGUCCUCUUACGAAAUAAAGAUCGUCCGCGACACAAAAUGCUAGCACCGUUAAAAGCUAUGGAAAAUCCAGCGGAUUACGAUAUAGACAAAGAUAUGGGCGAUGAGGAAGUUGAUGAAACUAAGAUAGAUAAAAGCAAAUAUAGAUUAGUGUGCUGGAAUUUGAGUGAGAGAGGUGCUGUCGGCGAAACUAUUUUGCAUUUAUGUAUGUUAAACGCUACUGCUCUCCACGCUGAUUUGGCAAAAAGACUAUUACGUUUCUAUCCGAAGCUUAUAAACGAUAUUUAUCUAUGCGACGAAUAUUACGGUGAAAAUGUAUUACAUAUUGCUAUUGUGAACGAGGAUCCAUCGAUGGUCAAGUAUCUUCUCGACAGCGGCGCGGACGACCCGCGCAUUAUCCACGAGAGAUGCUUCGGUAAUUUUAUGUGUCCGGAAGAUCAGAAAGCAUCGAGGUUUGAUAGUCAAGAUCACGAAUGGGUGUGCGUCACACCAGAAACCAAUUAUAACGGAUACGUGUAUUGGGGAGAGUAUCCCUUGAGCUUUGCCGCAUGCCUUGGUCAGGAAGAAUGCUACAGACUUAUACUUGCCAGAGGUGCGGAUCCGGAUAAACAGGAUACGAAUGGGAACACCGUUUUACAUAUGCUGGUGAUAUACGAAAAACUGGCUACGUUCGAUAUGGCCUAUGAAGUGGGGGCUUCUCUAGACAUAAGAAACGUUCAACAUCUGACUCCAUUGACUUUGGCAGCAAAGCUAGCUAGGAUAGAGAUGUUCUUUCACAUUCUGAAUAUCGAGAGAGAGAUAUACUGGCAAAUAGGUAGCAUAACUUGCGCAGCCUAUCCUUUGUCGCAAAUAGAUACAAUAGACGUUAAUGCAGGAACAAUCAACAAUAAUUCUGCUCUAAAUUUGGUUGUUUUUGGCGAGAAAGAUGAACAUUUAGAGUUAAUGGACGGCGUCCUAAUCGAUCUUUUAAAUGCCAAGUGGAACACUUUUGUUAAAUUCCGAUUCUAUCGUCAAUUCAUUCUCUUCUACUUCUACUUUGUGCUAUCGCUGAUUAGUUUCACUCUUCGUCCUGGCCCGCAAACAGAUGAAAAUGCGAAUGAUACAUUGACAAACUCAUUCAACACGACGAGGGAAUCCAUGAUUCUCAAGUCUCUUCACAGUUCGGAUCUAUCAGAACUGGUUACAAAUAGUUUCACAGCAGCUUUUACUUCGAACUUCAAAUCAUCCUUAAACGUAACGCAAGAGUCAUUGGAGAAGAUCCAGCUGCAAGUGACGUCGAAUGUUACAUCUGCUCUGAGAAGCAUUUUGCUUUUAACGUUGAGCAACAAUGAGGAUCUUUUGAGUUCCCCUGAUGAGGCCGCCAUUCAUACACUGUGGUAUACCGAUAAUCCUCAAAACGCGUCGGAUUAUUUCAUAAAUAUGUAUAAUAAAACUGUUACAAUUGAUACUAACUCAACCGCCAAAACUACCAUCGACGAUGUCACACUAUUAGGAAAAUUUAACAAUCACGAAAAAUGGUGGGAUGAUCUUACAGAAGAAUGCAGACUGAUGCAAUUGACAACAAUGAGCGCGAAGAUCCGUCUUACUGCGGAAAUCGUGAUGUAUUUUGCGGCAGUGCUCUACAUCUUGGCUGCGUUGCGAGAAGCGAGAUUUUUAGGUCUCAACAUGUUCAUUGAAAAUCUCAUGACGGCGCCGUCGCGCGUCAUGUUUCUGUUCUCGUGUUGCAUCUUAAUGUCGUUUCCGGUUCUGAGACUUUCCUGCUCCGAUGAGGUCGAAGACGUGCUGGCAGUUGUAGUGAUGCUAACAACGGCGCCAUAUUUUUUAUUCUUCUGCCGAGGUUUCAAGACAGUCGGCCCGUUUGUCGUGAUGAUUUACAGAAUGAUUACGGGCGAUCUCCUCAGAUUCGUCUCUAUCUAUCUCGUCUUCGUGAUGGGAUUCUCUCAAGCGUAUUAUAUCAUAUUUUUGUCGUUUGACAAUCCGAAUACUCCGGAAGGCGUUGACGAUUCGAUAACAAAUCCUAUGCCAUCGCCGAUGGAGAGCGUUAUGGCAAUGUUUCUGAUGAGCAUGACAAAUUUCGGCGAUUAUUAUGCCACGUUUGACAGAACCGAGCAUGAAUUCGAAGCCAAGCUGCUGUUCGUGUUAUAUAUGGCGAUCGUGGCAAUCCUGCUCGUAAACAUGUUGAUUGCUAUGAUGGGCAACACUUACCAGAAGAUCGCUGAAACCAGAAAUGAGUGGCAGAGACAAUGGGCGCGCAUAGUCUUGGUUGUGGAGAGAGGCGUAAGUCCUGCUGAAAGAUUAAAAAAAUUGAUGGACUAUUCUCAGCCCAUGUCUGACGGUCGUAAAGCGUUGGUUCUCCGAUUAAAUCAAACUGAAGAAGACAAGGAAGAAAUGAAAGAGAUACUUGAAAUGAAAAGGACGCACGAUAAAUUAAUAAAGAAAAGACAAGACAAAAUAUUAAAGGAGAAAGCUUUAGCUGAAACAGAAGCUGUUAUUACUAGAAAAUAA